AAAACGAAUCGAACACGAACGUCACAUUAAACGAAGAAAAAGUUGAUUUAUUUUUCCCGCUACCUUACGUCGGGUUACAAAUCGACUCAUUAAAAGCUAUUAUUUCGAUAAAAUAAUGGGUCCCAAAAAGAAGGAGCGUGAAAUCGAUUGUGUGAAAAUACGGUCUCAAGAACAAACCGACCAUGAAAUCUUUUUGCAAGCCUUCGAAAAACCGACACAAAUCUAUCGUUAUUUAAGGACUAGGAAUAUGAUCACGCCGAUAUUUUUGUAUCGAAAUUUGUCGUACAUGAAAGAUCGGAUCAAAAGGACAAACAAGUCUCGCAGUACGUUUAAGGUGGACAGUUUGUUAUCGAAAAAGAUGGACGAGAAGAAGAAUGGAUCGGCCAAUGACAAAACUCUGGGUGAAUACAUGACGCUAAUGUUUCUCGGAUUUUUCGACAAAACUCUGCCGGAUGACGAAGUGGAAGUGGAAACGCUGGUAUCGAAAAUUUCGCAUAAGAAGCGGAAGGACAGUUUUAAAACGUUACAGGAACGGUUUGGACGAUCAGUGGUUAAGAUCAAUCCGGACAUAUCCAACAGCAAUACAAAAAUUCCGGCUGUUUGCGUUCCCACCGACAAUUUUAAGACACCCGACGAGUCACUACAUCUGUCAUACAAACUUCAGUUAAACGUUAAAGUUUUGGAGAAAUUCAAAUCCGACAGUGAAGAUCCUCCCGAAUCCCUGCCAAAACGCUACAAAUCUCAGAACAUCGUUUACGAAUCCGAACUGCUGGUGUUCGACAAGCAAAAGCGACGCCUAUUAUCCGAUGGCGAAUAUGAAAUUUCGCUUCAGGAGAAACUACAAUCUACCAAAAAUUCGCCGAAGAAAUUGCCUGGCUGGGAAAUGAUACCGGACACAUUCAUUGAAUCGCUGGAGAAGGAGAAUUCGUUCGAAGACUAUCAACAAUUUCCGAAAUUGAAAUUUCGACUCGCUUGGACCAAAGAAAAGUGUGACGAUCUGGUGGAUCGGCCAUCGGCUCUGGCAUUCGACAAGGACGAGUCGAACAAAGAGAAUGCACCCGAUAGCAAACAAAAUGGAGCUGUGGAUGUACCACUAAGUGCCGAAAAGACCCAAAUAAUCUAUCAAUUCAUCUACAACAACAAUUCUCGACAACAAAUGGAACCGUGCGAAAAUUUCUGUUGCAUUUGGUGCAGUUUAGACUGCAUGGUAUUGUAUUCGCUGUUGAAGCACCUGAAGCUCUGCCAUGCCCGUUUCAAUUUCAAAUACGUUCCUUCGAAUCCGGCUGUUCGCAUCGAUAUUAGCAUAAAUGAGCUGUAUGAUGGAUCACCACAUGACCUUAUCGGAUCGUCAUCGCUAGCAUUUUCUCGAGCUGGUCCCGUUCGGCGGACAACAGUGACGCGAAUAUUAGUGUGUAGACCGAGGCGCGUGAAACCAAACUUGUCGGAAUUUUUGGAGAUCGACGAAAAUGAAUUGAACAGCCAGAGACCGUUCAUCACCGGACACAGUCGACUAUAUCACCAUACUAUGACUUGUUUGCCCGUACAUCCCAAAGAACUGGAUAUAGAAUCGGAGGAUGAAAACGAUCCGGUUUGGUUGCAGCAAAAAACCAAAAUGAUGAUUGAUGAGUUCACCGAUGUAAAUGAAGGUGAAAAAGAGAUGAUGAAACUGUGGAACUGUCACAUAAUGAGACAUGGGUACGUGGGCAACACUCAAAUACCGUUGGCAUGCGAAAUGUUCAUCGAACUGAAAGGCAAGGAAUUGUUACAAAAGAAUUUGUACAAAAAUUUCACGAUGCAUUUGUGUAACCUGUUCGACUACGGCAUCAUAUCGCCCGAAGAUUACUACAAGUCCAUUCAAAAGUUACAAAAACUUCUGAGUAACGACGAUGACGGACGCAAAGUCAUAACCGAUGCCCGUGAGGAGCAAGUCACUUAUUGGGAUAAAAUUGGCUCACAAAAGCAAAUCCAACUACUCGAACAACAGAAAAAGAUUCAAGUGAACAUUAAAACUCCGGCACCGGUGGCGGCGACUAGUGAAAAGACAGCCGCAUUAACGGAAAAGACAAUCAAAAGGGAUUUGAAAUCCAAACUGGACGAUGAAAAGUUGCAUACGGCGGUAGUGAAUUUGAAAAAUACAAAGAGUGGAGUUACCAAUUCGUCGAAUCGGAAGCGGGACGCGGCUCAAAGUAAAGAGGAAAGUGUUGUCAUCAAACGGCGUCGGUCUACAUUAAGGGAAUGUACACGCCCGAGUCGUAGCAAUGGAACCAAUGGAUCGCGCAGAACGCCGAAAUUGCAGCCGAAUCGACGAACAACAUAAGAUAUAAAAUAGGAGAAACGGUUCAACCGUUUUCAAACCGAAAAAGCGAUAAGAACUUGAAAACCGGAACCAUUUUUUUUUGCGUAAUUUUUAUAACUUUAUUUCGUUGUUAAUUAUUGAUUCUAUUUUGUAGCGGGAAGAACUAAGUAGAAAUAUUUAUUUUUGAAGUAAAUUUUGCAAUUUCACGAUUUACACGUGCAACUUUAGCCUGCACGAAUUUUGUGUCUAUUGAGUCGUUCGUUCCGAUUAGAACGUUGCUACCGAAUCCAAAAUUAUUAAAUUUAUGAAAUUCUACUGGUCAUCAGGCACUCCAUUCUUUAUCGUAGGGACGUUACAACUGAUGCCAAUUUGAAGUGUCCUAUCAGCAAAAGUCUUUCCUUUAUACCGUUGCUUAUAGUGCAAGAUUACACUCUGGUUCGUAGUGCUUGGUGGUAAUUCUUUCCAAUUAAUUACGCUCAAUGUCUCAAUUUGGUUUAUACCAUUUAAACGUUGCGAAUAGUUUAAAUACAUCCAGGUGACCAGGGCUGUAACACAGAUAAUUCUUAGCGUCACUAGUAAUCACACAUAUCAUCCAAUCAAAGACUGAGUACUCAUUAGAUGACAAAUGGUUGCAUCUAGACUGAAAACUGUACUGUCGGUUAGACCAUUGAAAUGAUUGUGUUCCGUUAGGUUCCAUUUGGUUGAAAUUCACAUAUUUCAUUUCGUUAUACAUUGUCAUGUUGCUACAUGCUCGUUGAAUCAAUUUUAUUUUCCCUAACUGCAGCGUUUUUCCCUUUCGACGUGAUCGUUAUAACACCGUUGCACGGCAGUGUACACUGCAAGGACAUACGAAGGAGUAAGCAACGUUUGAAAAUCGUUUGCUUAACCGUCAGGCUGUUUAUUUCGUUAAGUUAAUUAAAAAAUUUGGUUGGUUUCGUAGGAUAUAGUUAUGAAAAUGUUAAAUCGAUUAUAACCGAAGGAUAUUGUUGUAUUUUCGAUAGCCAGCAAUAUUAUAUCGUCAAAUCGACCUGCU